AUGGGUCUCAUGGACAAGCUACAAGCCAAACUUGAGCUCUACCGCCUCGAACAACGCUACGCUCGCCGUAAGCACCGCAGCACAUUCUCCACGGGCGCACAAUACGUCGACGGCGAAUAUGUCUACUCCACCGGUGCAAACUCACCCACCAGUACUGUCUCCAAACAUUCGACGGGCAGCUGGCGGCCCUCGGGGUGGGGGAGUGGCAGCAGCCAAUCCUCACGGUAA